GGCGUGGGUCACUCCCCCACUAGCCUCCAACCAAUCAUGAGGUCCUCUAUCGUAGUUAUGGUCACCUUGUGUGUGGUACUUGGCACCCACUGUGCGCCUAUCAGUGAUAGUGAAAGUGAUAAGCAAUUCACUUUAGGAGAAAAUAAAAGUGUUGAAAUUUUAACUUUAGGGGGAAAUAGUGGUGUUCAUGUUGAAACGAGAACUACAGUUGAGAAUUUAGUGAUAAGGAUAAGAAGGCAUAUAUUGGAUGUACCGAAAUGUGCGUCUGAGAAGGAAAUUAACGCGAUCACGAAGAAGUGCCAAGACAUCGACUACGACAAAAAUUAUGAGGAACUGGAAGGUGAAGACGAUGAAACGAUAUAAUCAAGGAAUAUCAACGAGAAACGGGAAACUUGCGAAGGAUAUAAUAUAAGGGCGAGUCCAACUCUUGUCUAGUCAAUGGAGCUUACCUAUAACUUUUUUUAUAUAAUAAUAAACUUUAUUUCAAAAAUGUUACACAAAAAGUACCACAUACUAAAUACAAUUGCUAGAAUGAACUUAUAUAUAGAAGUAUAAUAAUUUACUC